AGGAAGCGCGAGGCAUCGAUUCUUCGUUUUUUGAGUCUGUCUCUCGUCGCAGACAUGCAGGCUGUGCUGGACUCUCUCUUCUCUCCUGAAGAAGAGCCGUACAUUCUCUCAUGUAUGGCGUAUUUCAUGAUGUUUAUGGCGUUCUGCUCGUUUAUAGCUUUACUCAAACUGCACGUGCCGUACGGACGCUACGCCUCGAGCACGUACGGGUUUCCAGUCAAUGUUAAAUUUGCCUGGUUCGUGCAGGAGUUGCCGGCCAUCCUCGUGCCUUUUUUACUUAUAUUUUCAACACCAGCUGCAAAAGUGUCCCUGCUCCCCAAUCAGCUGAUCAUCACCAUGUACUUCUGCCACUACGUCCACAGGUCUCUCCUUUAUCCAUUUUUAAUAAGAGGAGGUAAACCGACCCCUUUCAUGUCGUUUGCUCUGGCUGUGGUGUUCUGUGUGUAUAAUGGGUACAUGCAGGUGAGACACCUGAGCCACUAUGCAGAGUACCCAGAGGGGUGGGUCACUCACCCCUGCUUCAUUCUAGGCUCUGUGCUGUGGUUCUUCGGUUGGAUCGUGAACAUGCACUCAGACCACAUCCUGAGGACCCUGAGGAAACCAGGAGAAACGGGAUACAAGAUUCCCAGAGGGGGCAUGUUUGAGUAUGUGUCCGGAGCAAACUUCUUUGGAGAAAUAGUAGAAUGGGCUGGCUUCGCUCUGGCUGCUCAGUCUGCCCAAAGUUUAGCAUUCUCCAUCUUCACCACAGUAGUUCUUAGCAGCAGGGCUUUUUCCCACCACAAAUGGUACCAUGAGAAGUUUGAUGACUAUCCCAAAAAACGGAAAGUACUGAUACCAUUUUUGCUUUGAGACAGAACAAGUUUUUUCUCAUCUUCGUGAUAUGACUGCAAACAAGAGCCUCGUCUCAGUGGUUCAAAGACUGUAGCAGUAACCAGGCUCCACAGAGACCAUCAAACACAACCUUCAAUACCUCACUCAACCCUGAAAUGAGAUGUGGAGGAAAUUCCCAGGAUGCACUGCUGUGGCUACUGUCGACUGGUGUGGUAAAGGGUUUAUAUCACAAGAGAACAACGGAAGUUUAAAUACAAACAGCUAAGAAUCAGGGUAAUUAAAUAAAAUCUUGUAUUUGUGGGUGAGAUUCAGAGGAAGAACUACUCUGUUUUGUUACUUAAUUGUUUUGUAAAAGUAAAAGUAUCACAUGGAAAAAUCUGCUUAAGUAAAAAUAUUAAAGUACCUGUUUAAAAAUGUACUUAAAGAGUAAAAAGUAAAAGUAUUUUGCGCAGAUUUUGAGGCUUUAUAGGACUUUAAAUGUAGUGAUUUUGAUAAAGACUUUUCAACAAAUAAUUUAAGCUUUUUCCAUCUGUUUUUGCAGGUUUCAAACUAUAAUAAAAAAUACUUUAACUUUUUAGUCCUGUAGUGGAGUAGAAAGUACAAAUACUGCUCUCAAAUGUAGUGAUGUAAAAGCAAAAGGUACUGGUACACACUUUAAAAUUGACUUAAGUACAGUACUUUACUACUUUUACUUUACUGGCCACAUCUAUCUGCACUGGUUUGUUUCUAAAUCAGCGUUUUAAUAUGACAAACAAUAAAAAUGGAGAGAUUCUAACAAACCAGUUGCAAUAUUUUGUUUUUGUUGUUGUAUUUACAGCACUGUGCGUUUUUAUAUGAACAAACUUCACUCUAAAUCCUUUGCCCUUUUCUCUUGUACAGCUGUGCUCAUGUGAGGCGUCUGUCUAAAUGGUUCCUUCCUCCAGGAUUUUAGACUUGUGCCUGUAGCUCAGAUCAUGACAAAUAUAAAUGAACAGUAUUUUAUUGAGUGGCACAGAUGUGUUGUCUUGGUUUCAGUGUGUGUGUCGCUGUGUGUGUCUGGAUGUGUUACACUCAGAGUCUGAUCCAGUCUGACAUGGAGCCUGCUCUGGGGGUUUCCUCCAGUGUCACACACGGCACGUGUGUCGUCAGGGUCAGGGUGAGGCGUUAUGCAAGAUCUGUUACUAUCUCUUUCAGGUAAAUCAAAUAUUAUACCACCUUAUCCUCUUCAGACAUUUACGGGCUGAGGCUAAAGGCGGUGCUUGGACUAAAGCCUCUUAUUAUUGGCCUGUUAAUAAUUAAUGUACCAACGGUUAAUUUACCCUGAACACUGAAUAUUUAUGUGUUUAUUUUUAAUUUUUAACUAUAAAGGGUUUUAUUUUACGUGCUGUAGAUGAAAACUGGGUUUGUAACAAUGAAGAUUGUUUAUUCUUUUCGUGCUUUUUACCGAGCUCUUCACAUUAAUGUGCCUCUAAUGUUUAAUACAUUUGUCUGAAUUAGGGCUGUAAUUAAACUCGUGACGGCUGCUCAUUGACUUUUUAAAUGUUU